GCCUCGGAGGAGCUGCUGAAGGAACACUACAUCGCCCUUCGCAACCGGCCCUUCUACAGCCAGCUGGUCAAGUACAUGAGCUCUGGGCCCGUGGUGGCCAUGGUCUGGCAGGGUCUGGAUGCGGUGAAGAUGGUUCGGACGAUGAUUGGGGAGACUGACCCUGCUGAAUCCAGGCCUGGCACCAUCCGAGGAGACUUCUGCCUUGAAGUCAGCAAGAACGUGAUCCAUGGCAGUGACUCAGUGGAGAGUGCCCAGCAGGAGAUCUCCCUCUGGUUCCACCCAGAGGAGCUGACUUGCUGGGAGAACACAGCUGAGCACUGGAUCUACGCCUGA